GGAUCGGGCCGGAGUCAGCCUGGAACCGGCUGCUGCUGAGCAGGAGGACCCUCCCCCCUCCUGGCAGCGGCCCAAUUGAGGCUGUUUUGGGCCCGAUCCGGGCUCAAACAGACCCAAAAUGGCCCAAACAGGCCAUUUUUAAAAUACCCAUGUGACAUUAGUCACAUGGGUAUUUAAAGAGAUGCCAAAACACCAUUCUGGGGCAUUCUGGCUCAAAAGAAAGCCCUGUGGAAGAGUAUUUCCUGGGCCCUCACACUGCAGAUGGGAGAAACUGCAUUUUUAAAAUGGUCCUAUAGGUAACCUUGUUAUAUAGACAUUAAGGGGAAUCUUUCUCUUUUAUAGUGUUCUAUAUGUGGAUUUUUUAACAUGGUGGAUAAUUUAAAAAUGUAGCUUUUCCCAUAUGUAUCAGUAGUAACAUAGUCACACAAGAACUCUCCUUUAUGACCUGCUGAUCACCUUUUAGAGCAAGACUGUUAUUGUCUAGGAUGAUGCUAGACAGUUUUGUUUCUGAUUAUUUCUUUCUAGAAUGAUCUCUGUGAACAAGGGGAUACACGUGAAGCACCCUUGCAGAGAAGUGUGCAGAAGGUGGUUGUCCAUAUCCUACCCUCUGCAGCUUCUUCCCCUGCCACUCUUCCCAGCCACUUUCCAUCAGAGCCCAACAAUCAAUAGCAUGUUACUAUGGCAACUGACAGCCCCCCCUCCUCGUAAUGCUAUUAAGGGAGGAGGCUGGAAAAGCAAAGGUUUCAUAGCACUUUGCUAUGGUUUUCUUUUCCUGCUUAGGGAAGUAGCAUAGUUUAAGGAUACCUAGCUGACUCUUGGCACUCCUAGGAGUUUUGAGGGCUGGGCAUGGGGGCAGAUAUAAUGUUGUGUGAUGUGUCAAUGUCCUGUCUGGGCAAGACCACAGAUGUGAGGUAUUGCCAUAGAGUUUCGGCUGAUACCACCUCUGGGUUUUUACUUGGACUUGCCGUCGAUGUAUUGCACCACAACAUUUCUGCCCCCCGCUGUUCUGCUAGCCUGUAGCCAAGAGCAGGUGAAGAGAACUGAGCUGGCGGGAGAAUGCCCACAAGAAGCAGGCAAGUGGCAUGCUUGGGACCUGCAAACGUACAUUCAGUUGCUUGUCUGGGGGUGGGGGUCAGUUGCUAUUCAGAUGAAUGAAAAAUGUCGUGCUGUGUUGCCUAUUGUUAAUGAUGCUUGAAUUUUUAAGUCUCAGUUUCUGAGUUUAAAUAUAUAUUGUUUCACUUUCUUCCAGUUUCCAUUGGGGAUGUUUCUCUGUACAUUGAUUUGAACAUGCAAAACCCUGUCAGUGGGGUUUCCACUUUUUCCCACUGGCUCUGCUGCUGUGUGUUUAUCAGCAGCUUGACUUGCAGCAGUUGAGCAGUUGAAGGUUUCCCUUUCACUCCAUCAGCAAAGCUUUGCCUGCUUGAGUCUGCAUGUUGGGCUGCUCAUAAAGACAUAGGAGCAGAGCUGGUUAAGGUGGCAGUCUGCGUGAACGUUAUGGACGGCAUUAAUUUCAGAAGGUUGUUUUUUUCGCCCUAUAGCAAUGGAAGUUGUCCCUGUUUGGAAUGAGGCUGAUCCUGGACUAGAAGGCUUAAAAUCCAUUUGCUUGAUGAAAGUUGGGGCACUUGGGUGACGGUAUGUUUCUCAGCCUGCUUGCUGAUUUUUUUUUUCCAGAGAGCAUUCCGGGAUGUAUUAUUUAUUACUCCCAGGAAGGCUCGGAUGGAUCAAUCUUGAGUUUUCAGCAAAGAAAAGAAUGGUGUCGGAUUGGAAACAUGCUGUGCUACGUUUCGUUGUUUAGAUUCCUCCCAAGCUGUUUGCCAAGCAAAAAUUAGGGUGGGAAAUCACACUUUGGGCACAUUCUGAUCACUUUGCAAGGGAUGGUUGCCGUUAGCACAAGCAAGUUUUUUAGAAGGCACAGGUUCCAUUGUCUGAGGAGAGACAUGUGCACCAUUCAAUAUUUCCUUAUUUCAAGCCUUAAACCUGCAAUUGGAGGUUCUUUGCAGCAAACGAUCUAAUUUUAAAAGCAAGCAUGUUUUCCAGUGCUCAAGAGAGGGUGUUUUAGCAAAAGGUGACAUUGGGAGGGCGGUUCCCCAGCAGCAUUACAGCCAGAAUUCUAUACGGAAAGGGGUAGCUGACAGCGACACCAGAGGCUUUUUCUCGUUCACACAUGUGGUUCUGCUUAGGCUGAACUAAGCAAUCACAUGGGAGUCUAUUGUAAAUUGACUUCUGGUGUCGCUGUUCCCCCCCCAGGUGGAGGACAAUGAAUUGAGUGCUGAAUAUAAGCCUGGCUGAGAAACAUACUGGCAUCGGUGUCAUUAAUGAAAGGGUGGCUGUUGUGUCCCUGAGAGCCAGUGGCCUUUUGACUCAUGAAGCCGCUGUGCCUGCAGGAGCUUUAUUGCUGAAAUGACCAUUUAUGUCAAGCAGCUGUCCAGAAGAAUCUUUGCCCGUGAGCAUGGUUCAAACAAAAAGCUGGCAGCACAGUCCUGUGCUUUGUCUUUGGUCAGGCAGCUCUACCAUCUGAACAUCAUCGAGGCUUAUUCUGGGCAAACGAAGAAGAAGGAAGGUGAAUCGGUAGAGCCUUAUCAAGUAAAUCUCACUCCAGAAUUGGAAAGUCAGCUACAAAAUAUUGUAAGCGAGAUGGGUCUUGAAAUUGUUCCACCGCCUGAAGAUCCCAGCUACCCUGCUAUACUUAACAUUGGGAAACUGGCCCACUUUGAACCAUCCCAAAAACAGAAUCAGACGGGAGUUGUGCCGUGGUCUCCUCCUCAGUCCAACUGGAAUCCAUGGACCAGCUGCAAUAUUGAUGAAGGCCCUCUGGCAUAUGCCAAACCAGAGCAAAUAAGCAUAGACUUAAAAAGCGGUCUCGUAUAUCAGGUGGAAAAUGAUCAGGAAUUGCAGAAAAUUCUUCAAGAGAGGGAAACUCUCCCUGUGAAAAAGUUUGAGCGAGAGAUUCUGGAGGCCAUCCAUCAGAAUUCUGUUGUCAUCAUCCGUGGAGCCACUGGUUGUGGCAAAACCACGCAGGUUCCACAGUACAUCCUGGAUGAACAUAUCUACAGUGGAAGAGCUGCUGAAUGCAACAUUGUUGUGACUCAGCCCAGGAGGAUCAGUGCUGUUUCUGUGGCAGAACGUGUCGCCUACGAAAGGGGAGAAGAACCUGGGAAUAGCUGUGGCUACAGUGUCCGAUUUGAAUCGGUGCUUCCUCGUCCCCAUGCCAGUGUGAUGUUCUGCACUGUUGGUGUCCUCCUGAGGAAGCUAGAAGCUGGGAUCCGUGGAAUCAGUCAUGUGAUUGUGGACGAGAUCCAUGAGAGAGACAUUAAUACUGACUUCCUGUUGGUAGUUCUGCGAGAUGUCGUUCAAGCCUACCCUGAAAUCAGGGUCAUCCUUAUGUCUGCCACCAUCGAUACCAGCAUGUUCUGUGAAUACUACUUUAAUUGCCCCAUCAUUGAGGUCUACGGUAGAACUUACCCCGUUCAAGAGUAUUUUCUGGAAGAUUGCAUUCAGAUGACAGAAUUCAUUCCACCACCAAAGGACAAGAAGAAGAAGGAUAAGGAUGAUGAAGGUGGAGAAGAUGAUGAUGCCAACUGCAAUCUUAUCUGUGGCGAUCAAUAUGGCCCAGAAACAAAACGCUGCAUGGCUCAGCUGAAUGAGAAGGAAACCCCUUUUGAGCUCAUAGAGGCCCUCUUGAAAUAUAUCGAAACCCUAAAUGUUCCUGGAGCAGUCCUCAUCUUCUUGCCAGGCUGGAAUUUGAUAUACACCAUGCAGAAAUAUUUGGAAAUGAACCCGUACUUUGGAAGCCAUCGGUACAGAAUUCUUCCUCUGCAUUCUCAGAUUCCUCGAGAGGAACAGCGCCGAGUGUUUGAUCCAGUGCCUAGUGGAAUGACCAAGGUAAUUUUAUCCACCAAUAUCGCAGAGACCAGUAUUACCAUCAAUGAUGUGGUCUAUGUUAUUGACUCUUGCAAGCAGAAGGUGAAGCUGUUCACUGCUCACAACAACAUGACCAACUAUGCUACUGUGUGGGCAUCAAAAACUAAUCUGGAGCAGCGAAAAGGACGAGCUGGUCGCGUCCGCCCUGGAUUUUGUUUUCAUCUCUGCAGCAAAGCUCGCUUUGAAAGGCUUGAGACUCAUAUGACCCCAGAGAUGUUCCGAACACCACUGCAUGAAAUCGCUUUGAGCAUCAAACUGCUACGACUGGGUGGAAUUGGGCAAUUCCUGGCCAAAGCUAUUGAGCCGCCCCCAUUGGAUGCAGUGAUUGAAGCAGAGCAUACACUGAGAGAGCUUGAUGCCUUGGAUUCAAAUGAUGAAUUGACACCUCUUGGGCGAAUUUUAGCUAGGCUCCCCAUUGAACCUCGCCUUGGGAAGAUGAUGAUAAUGGGAUGCAUUUUCUAUGUGGGAGAUGCUGUAUGUACCAUCUCUGCAGCCACUUGCUUCCCAGAGCCUUUCAUCAGCGAAGGGAAGAGGCUGGGUUACGUCCACAGGAAUUUUGCUGGAAACCGGUUUUCGGAUCACGUGGCCCUGCUUUCGGUCUUCCAGGCCUGGGAUGAUGCACGAAUGGGUGGGGAAGAUGCUGAGAUCCGGUUCUGUGAGCACAAGAGGCUCAACAUGGCGACACUAAGAAUGACUUGGGAAGCCAAAGUACAGCUGAAAGAUAUUCUUGUGAAUUCUGGCUUCCCGGAAGAGUGUUUGAUGACACAGAUAUUUAACAACACUGGACCAGACAACAAUCUGGAUGUCGUUAUCUCUUUGCUGGCCUUUGGCUUAUACCCCAAUGUCUGUUACCACAAGGAGAAGAGGAAGAUUCUGACCACCGAGGGGCGCAAUGCACUGAUUCACAAAUCUUCUGUAAACUGUCCAUUCAGCAGUCAAGACAUGAAAUACCCUUCACCAUUCUUUGUUUUUGGAGAAAAGAUCCGGACACGAGCCAUUUCUGCCAAAGCAAUGACCUUAGUGAGCCCUUUGCAGCUGCUUCUGUUUGGCUCAAAGAAAGUCAUAUCUGAUGGCGAGAUUAUUGUGCUGGAUGACUGGCUCAAACUGUGCAUGCCACACAACGCUGCUGCUUGUAUUGCUGCCUUGCGUGCAGCAAUGGAAGCCCUUGUUGUAGAAGUAACUAUGAACCCAGAAAUCAUCAGCCAGCUGGACCAGCUGAAUGAGCACAUGCUGUCUGUAAUUCGACAGAUCUCCCGACCCAUUGCCGCUGGCAUCAACCUUGCAGCCGGCAGUACAAGAUUUGGUGACGGACCUCGCCCCCCCAAAAUGGCUCGAUAUGACAAUGGAGGAGGCUACAGAGGAAGAGGAGGCAGUGGGUGGCAAAGUGGGGGAUACAGAGGCGGCUAUAACUCUUCUCGUGGAGGUGCUGGAGGAAGGGGAUAUUCAGGGGGUGGAGGUGGAUUUCGAGGUGGUGGUGGCAGUUUUAGGCGACCAUCUGGAGGCUUUAGAGGUUCCGGUGGAGGAUUCCAAAGUGGGGGAAAUAGAGGAAGUGGGUUUAGAGGAGGAUGGAGUGGUUACUGAAGAAACUAGUAAUAGUAACCAGCACAAAAUGAUGCAUGAUCUUGUUUUCUUCCAUAAAAUCAUUUGUAAUGUAGAAACGUUCCUACUGCUGGGUUUUAUUUUGAAUUCUGAUAUUUAUGUAAAAUAUUAUGUUUGUUGUAAUAUUACAUAUUGCAUUCAGUUUGAUCCUAAUAAAACAUUUUUUUGUUAA